AUGCAUUUAAAGCUCCUUUAUUGCACAGUUUUAUCACUGAUAUAUGGCUUGGCCCUUGGCUCGCCUGCUAUAUCGGAUUCCUCAGCUCUCGCAGAUUUACUUGAAUCCAGUGACAAGUUUAAUGACCACAGCGUAGUGCAGGCAUUUGUUGAAGAACUAAAGGCCAUUUCACAUUCGUCGAGAAACAUUUCAAAGUGCGAUCAAUGCGUGGCUCGGCUGGCAGUGGGGAAAUCUUUGGCAUUGCUAAGACCAGACCUAGUCCCGCCAGUCUUCACUCAAUGGUGUACCGAAACACAGUACAUGUCAAACUCUACGUGUUUGUCAACUUUCAGCAGAAAUACAGUGAAGUCUAGCUACACAGGAACCAAUUUUGCGGAUAUGCUGACACUCAUGGAUCCAUUUGGUUACGAUGGACAACUGUACUGUUGCUACAAAGAAUCCGCCUGUUCCAAACCAAAAACCCCCGACGUUUCUCUGUCCCACAAGUGGCCUGCGAAACAAACGAAGCAUAAAGUUGCGCCUGUUCCAUCGGCAAAUGACACUUUUAACGUCCUCCACUUGUCAGAUUUCCACAUCGAGCUGGACUACACCAUUGGUGCGGAAGCCAACUGCUCAGCCAGCAUGUGUUGUACUCCACACUCCAAAAAUACUUUCGCUAACCUGACUUCUCAUUCUCACAAAGACUGGAAUUCUUACUACGAUUCUCAUUAUGAGGGCAAUUCAUUAGUGAAGGGAAGCCUGAUUGAUGUCUUCAAGAACGACUCCAUCUGGUCACCAGCCACUACCUUCGGCCACUACGAGUGCGAUGCUCCAGAAAUACUGAUUAACUCUUCCUUGGAUUCUAUUGCCAACUUCAGCUCCACAAACAAUAUAGAUUUCGAGUUUGCAAUUUUCACUGGUGACGCUGUUGACCACGAUGAACUUUCUUUGACUAGUUACGAAGUUACGGUAAAUUCUGAGGAGGCGGUUUUUAGAGAUAUCAAGAAUAAGCUGGGAGAUGUUCCCGUGUACUCAGUUUUGGGUAAUCAUGAUACCUUUCCUUAUGGUGAGCUUGGUCAAGAAAACCAUGGAUUCUCAAACUACUUCGCAUGGAAUGCAGAGCUGAUGGCGGACCUAUGGGAAGAUUACGGCUGGUUAGGAUCUGACGAGUCUCAAUACGCUCGUAAGCAUUACACCGGAUUCUCUGUUGAAACGUCGAUGGGUCUCAAGGUCAUUUCUCUGAAUUCCAAUGUUUGGUAUAAGAAAAAUCACUACGCUUAUUGGAAUGCCUCCCAACCUGAUACCUUUGGCCAGCUUGAUUUUCUCAUAGAUGAGCUGGUUGAAAGUGAAUCUAAAGACCAAAGAGUUUGGAUCAUUGCCCAUAUUCCUUUUUCGGCUGAUGCGCUCCCAUUACCAGCAAAGCUCUUUGCUGAGGUAAUUGAGAGAUUUUCUCCCUACACUAUUGCCAACAUAUUUUUUGGACACACUCACUUGGAUCAAUUCGAGAUUCUGUAUUCUGGCCCUGGUGGCGAUGCUAAGACCAUUGAAAACGUGGUUGCUUCUUCGUGGAUCUCGCAAGCUGUUACACCUUGGGUUGAAAAUAAUCCGUCCUGGAGAUACUACUCAGUCGACAAAAAAACUUUCUCUAUUAUGAAUGCCUACAACUACUACACCAAAUUGAACGAAACUUUCACAAAUAACGGUUCUGCGCCGGUCUGGGAAUUUGAGUACUCCUCCAGAGAGGGUUAUAAUGUUACUUGGCCGGAAUCUGCCCCCUUGAACGCAACUUACUGGCAUAAGGUAGCUUCCAUGGUGAACGAAUCCGUUGAGUACAACCAGGUGUAUGAAAACUACGCCAAGAGGUUUUCGCCCUAUGUUCCAGAUUGUGCAAGCACAGACGAUUGCGCAUUGGACUACUGCUACUUGACAUCUUUUACUGUUGACCAGUAUGACAGUUGCGUUGAGAACGUCAAAAAUAACAAGUAG